AUGGUGACUUUAAAGCGUGUCGAACCAGAAAAAUUGCAGCUUUGUUCUGAAAAUAAUGGACUCAAAGCCCCAAGGACUCCCAGCCCUUCUUCAGGAAGGCAGUUUAAAAAUGAGAGUGUUGAAUCUCAUCGUAAACAAUCACCGUUACACUCUACUGGUGUAAGAUCAUCUGUAGAGAUGGGUACAGCAGCCUCAGAACAAAAAAAUCCCUCUCGGUGUGCUCAGUCUUUACCACUGGAGGGGCCCACAGGUGAGGAGAGUAAAAGUGAGAUGAAUGAAGACUGUCCUGAUGAUGUGGAGCUUGACCUGGGACUAAGCAUCGCAUACGAAAUGGAUCUAACCCAGAGCUCUGAAAGCAGUGAGGAAGAGCAGCUGGUCUCCCUCCAGGAGAUGAUGGAGCAAGUUACCAAACCUCCAGAUACACCAGAAAAGGGCGUCUUCUCAGAGCCAAGCACACCUGGCCUUCACAGCUCCCAGUCAAAACAUGUAAGCUCAUCAGGAGUCUACAAGAACAAUCUUGACCAGAUGUUAAAGGAAAUUAACAGAAACAAAAUAGCUAAAGACAUUGAAGCGCAGCUAUUAACCGCAUGCAAGGAAGACCUGUUGAUAUUGGCUGAAUAUGAGAAGCGCUACUCGCUGAUGUCCUCUGCAAUCAGAGAAGUGCCUCCAGGAGAAGCAGUGUUCAACUUGAGAAAAUUUGGCCAAAUCUUUGACCAGGAUUCACUGCAGCUCAGACAAUGUGUGGUCAGUCCACGGGGGUCCGCACAGAAAACACUUCUGUGGUCCAGUCCCGCUCAGCUGGAACUUCAUGUAAAUAUUGGUUUGUUCCAAACAGCUUACGACCAUAACUCCCCUUGUCCCUCUCAGGUCUCUCGUUUUCUCUUUAAGAUGAUGUCAGUCCAUAACGAGAGGCUGGUCUCUGAAAAGAUCCUACAAGCCCUCUGUGACAUCGCCUGUUCUGCUGCUUAUCAGACAGUCAACAAUGAGAGUCAGCAGUUUGAAGUGUGGGUCCCUACUUUGGCGGAUGUCACUCUUGUUCUCAUGAAUAUGGGUGUUGCAUUUGUUACACUCUUCCCCUUUGAGAAUCUGCAGCCAUCGUUCACAGAGGGAGACCUGCUGGAGAAUGUCUAUAUAAAAAGUGAGAGUCCCUCCAAUAACAAUAAAGAGAUGACCUUCCCUGACCACAACUGCUGCAGCAUUUUAAAGUACCUGUCAUUCUGUAUGGACCUGUGCCCUCGUGUGUACAGCGAUGAGGAGCUCCUGCUGUUGCUAACUGUUGUGGGAAGGAUCAGCCUGGAAACCCAAUGGAUCCUCCAGUCGAGGGUGGAAGUGAGGUGUCUUCAGUUUAAAAUCAUCAAAAACAUCAGGGACUGGAAGACCAUGCUCCCCAGAAUGUGCCAGGCCCUCACAGAUUUGACAAAUGAUCACCACAACAUGUGCCUGCUGGUUCAGCUCCUGCCUGACAACACCCGUGGAAGACGUCUUCGCAGACAUCUAAGCGUGUCCUUCAUCUCCAAGUUGUUAGACGGUACUUGCACAUACAAACCUACUGAGGAAGAGCUUCAGCUUGCAGAGUUGAGGCCGUAUCUUCCCCGAAUGCAACCUUCUGCUCUUCAAGGCCUGCAUCAGAUGGACAAAGAUGCCUCUUUAGACCAACAGGCGUACUACCUGUGCUAUAGCCUUUUGAUGCUGACAAAUGAAGCAUCUAAUUUUCAGGUCUUCCCACCUUGUCAGAAGGCACAGCUGAUUACUUUAUCAUCUGAGCUGGAAACACAUGUUAAAUGUGACAUCAGAGAGAGUGAGAAAUGUCUUUAUCGCAGCAAGGUAAAGGAUCUGGUAGCCAGGAUCUACACCAAGUGGCAGAUGCUCCUUCAGAGAACCAGACCCCUCAAUGGCCAACUGUAUGAUUAUUGGCAGCCUGUGGAGACAUUUAGAAGCAGCCAAGAGGAUGGGGAGGUCACCUUAAUUCAAAUUGAAGAUGACGAUGAAGGAGAAACCACUUUAACUAAUAAGAAUGAGGUUAUAAUAGUUUCUGAGAAUGAAGAAGAGAAAAAAGACGUGAUAAUGGAAGCUGCAGAAGACAUGGGUCUUAAUGAAGGACAUGAAGACAUUGCGGCAGACGGUGCUAAGAAUGACACGAGCAGAACAGAAGAGGCAACAGUGCAAGGAGCUCGUGACUUGGAUCAAACAAUACCUGUGAUGCCGUCUCAAGCUCUGGACGAGCAAACGGAUGCAUACAGAACGAGUCUGCAAAAUCCAGACCAUGUCGACUAA